UGGGAGGAUGGUUGGAUCGAGGUCGGAGAAGAGCUGCGACAGGAGCAGAAUGAAGUGGAAACCGCUGACCGAGACGAGCCUGCUGGCCGUCUUCAAGUCGUUCUGCCGAUGGACCAGCAUCCGAGGCCUGCAGCAUGUGGUGCGAGCCGAGAAUCCGGUCAUUCGAAUGCUGUGGGCCGUCUUUGUUGUCAUCAUGUUCAGUGCCAAUGUGGCCUUGGUGGCUUUGCUGUUGUCGCGCUACUAUCGGUUCAACACGAUCGAGAUCAUCAAGACGCGUCGCGGUGUCGAGGUCGAGUUCCCCUCGGUCACGGUGUGCAAUGUGGAUCCGGUCAACUCGGAUCGCAUCUACUGCCUCAAGCAUGCCAACAACAAUUCGUGCGGUCUGGACGAGAAGUACGCGGACAUUUUGGAGAAGUACAAAGAGGCGGACGACUUUCGACGUGAAAUGAAGAAUCGUUCCAUCUGGAACCGCAUGGAGGACAACAGUCUGGUUGCCGUCUUCUAUCAGAUGAUCGGCAUGGAGGCGGCCAAUCAGAUAAGCCACCAACAAAACGACUUUAUCAUUCGUGAAUUCUGCGAGGUGACGACGCUGGAGCGCGGCGGCAUUCUGAAACGACGCAACUGCGACGAAGCCUCGGUGGUGGUGUUCAAUUUCGUCACCUACAAAUACUUCAACUGCUACACUCUCACCAUCUCCAACCGCAGCAUCAGCACGCAGGCCAUCCGACUCAGCAUCAUUCUGUACCUGGACGAGGAGGAGGACCUCAACUGCCAGCCUCAUUGCACGCACGAGUUCACCGAGUGGGCCGGCGGCAAGGUGGUCAUCCAUCCGAUCUACUCGUAUCCCAUGAUCGAGGAGACGGGCAUGAACCUGCUGCCGGGCGCCUCGAAUCAGAUUCUGAUCAGCGAAAUUCGCGAGGUCGAGAAGAAGCUGAUCUCGUCGAACAACUGCGAGCCGAACAUUCACAAGACCCUACCAAUCGCCUUCUUCAACAACAGCGCGAAGGAGUUCCAAGCCAAAGACAUCAUGUACACCGACACGCUGUGCGUCAGUCUGCUCUCACAGGCCGAGACGAUUCGCGAAUGCCGCUGCAUCGACUUUCUGUUGCCGGUGCCGGGCGAUCUGCGCGAUCACAUCACCCGAUUGCCGUUCUGCGGCAACCUGUCGAGUCCGCACAUCGACGAGAAGCUGGGCUGCAACCAGCGCGUUCGACAGGAGCAGCAGGAGGAGUUCAUCAAAAGUUGCCCCACGCGAUGCAUCAAGCGCGAGUUCAACUUCGAACUGACCCAACUGCGCUGGCCGCAGAAACCGCGAGUGCUCAAAUAUCUCCAACGCCUCGAUAAGCGCAUCUUUUCGCAGGGAAAAUUCAAGGUCUACGAACAGAUCAUGGCGCUGGUGCGCAACAAUCAGACGCAAGAGGCGAUGCAGCAUCUACAGCAGACGCACAUUUUCGAGAACAACUUUCUCCAGGUCGACAUCAACCGGCCCAGCUACGACACUUUGGUGGCCUACUCGGAGAAUGAAGAGUACACUCUGACCACAUUUUUGAGCCAAAUCGGAGGCAUUUGCAGCAUCUUUCUCAGCUUCACCUGCGUCACGGUGCUUGAACUCGUCGAACUCGUCUUCCGCUUCUUCAUCGUCCUGUGGGUCGGCAAAACGGCCGGUCGAGUGCGCAUCUGCCCUCGUGGGCAGCCGAGGCUGCGGCGCCAUUCGAUCGUCGUGAAAACGGGCCAUCCGUCAAGCGUGGCC